ACAUCCGAGCGGUCGGUCUGUAGUUCUCUGCGUGCCAGCCGCUGGUAAAACCCGAGGAAGAAGAAGAAGAAGUUUUCUGCGGCAGUAAUGGAGUCUCCCGCGCGUGUGGGCAGCAGGAAGCGGCCGCUGGAGGAGCGGCGAGAGCGGCAGAUGAAGCACCGGCAGCAGUGCGCGGCUCUCGGGCAGGAGGAGGCGGAGGUGCAGCGGCUGGAGGAGCUGCUGUUCGGGGCGGAGGAGCAGCUGAGCGGCCGCCUGGAGCAGUUCCAGAAGGCCAUGGGUGGCACACCGAGCUGGGCAGAGAAGGAGCACAGGACCCCCCAGAAAACAUCUCAGAGCGGUGUGGUCAACAUCUACUCUCAGUCAGACUGUCUGCAGCUGGCAGAACCCAAACCGCUGAAGGCCGUGAUGAACCUGCUGACGUCGGCCACCAGCCUGAGCUUCAACAGCACGUCUGAGAUCCUGGCCAUCGGCUCCCGAGCAGACGACGAGGCCUGCAGACUGGUAUCUAUGAUCAGUGAGCGGUGUGUUCCCCGCCGGUGUCCUGCGCUGAUGCUGCUCUGCUCGUCUGUGAGGGUUUAUAUGUACAGUUCCUGACCGUGAUGAUCAAUGUGUUUGAGUACACUGCUGAAUAAACACACACACACACUCA